AUGGGGUUUGGCAGGAGAAAUGAUGAGCCAAAUCCACCUGUUCCAUUACAGGAUCAUGGACAAGGUGCUUUCCAAAUCAGGGAAGGUGGAGGUGUUGAUGGUGGGCAGGUGUAUCCUGCUGCACCUAAUGGUUCCACAGUUCAGUUUAUGCCCACGCCAAAUGCGUGUCCUGCAAUUUCUUCAUAUCAAAGUAUGCAUGGAAUGUAUCAGUCUUAUCCUUAUGAUCCCAGUAUUCGCAGCAAUUCGAUGAUUGGUGUUACUGGGCCCAACUAUUUGCAAAGUCCACAGUUUGAUCCUAGUUUUGUAGCUGUUAGAGGGGGUUUGAGGAAAUUAGAUGGUUGCUUGAGUGGCUUGCAGAGCAGUCAGAUUAAUAGAAAUGUUGUUCCAAAUCAAGGUAGUUCUGCUGGAGGCUAUCAGAGGAAAGGUGAGGCAGAAGCAAGUACCGCAAAUUGGCCAUCACAGAUCACACCGAGUUCUUCAAACUUAGGAUGUGGUGCAUCCAUACCAAACCAGGAUGCAGACAUUGUACUAGUUGGGGUUAAGAAUGAUAUCAAUUCCAGUGAUAUAGAUGCAGGAAAAGUUGAUGGAAGUUUUUUAACGUUAGGUAGGGGAAGUAAUACCGAGGGAAAAACUCAAGGGGGAUUUCAUCCCAGAGAAGUUGCCCGUAAUUUGGGGGAAGCUGUUGGGUCUAGAAGUAGCAACUCCUAUAUUCGACCUGCAACCAAUGUAUAUCAUAACUCGACUAAUGACUUGUCUAGUUUUAACUCCAAUUCAGAGUCACGGACAAAAAGGAAGUUCGAUUCUCGAGAAGUUUCCAGAAGACUUGGGGAAGCUCCUGUUCUCAGAGCAUAUCCAGUCGAUGAUGGAGUCAUGCAGGCUGCUACUGUCGAUCCAUAUUUUGGUCGUCAGCUUCCUGGGCCCUUUAAGCAACGACAUAUCAUUGAGAAUGGUUGUGACAGUACAGAUGUGCUGGAUAACUCUAUAGGAAAAGAUUAUCUGCAACAAUUUUAUACAUACCCUCAAGGUGGUCCUCCUCCAUCCACACUUCGGUUAGAUAACACUUAUUCUGGCCUUCCUCCGUCUGGAUACACCAGACCACCAGAUUUGGCAUCAGAAAGUUCCCAGCAUGCAUGGAUCGCCAAUCCUCCAACCAGAGACCUAUUGGGCAUUUCUGAUCCUGGUGAUGUUACGUCCUCCUUGGUUUGCAAUUCAAGCAGUGCUAGAGGUAGCUAUGUCACGAGGGACUAUUUAGGUGUCUCAACAUGUCCAUCUAAGGGUAAUGCAAUGCAAGCUGCUGGAAGUGGGCCUCAGUCAACAGGUCGUUUCCCUUCUACUCUUGGAGCUAAUUCUGUGCAUGCAUUUGGAAGUGCUGGCAUCCCUAUAACACAAAGCAGUCCCAACGUGCCUGCAAUGGGUGCUCCAUUUCCUAGGAGACUGGGGGUACAACUCAAUGAUACCUCUGCAGGUGCACCUGCUGCUAUUCAAUCUUAUAAUCAGAGUUUGUUAUCUAUGAGCAUGGCAUCCCAGACCAACAGUGUCAGCAGGUACCCAUCCCGGGAUCCUAGGGCAUCUCAGGCUGCAAAUUUUGUUCCUGCUCCUGUUUCUGGUCAUUAUCAAGCGCGUUUGCCUACUCAAUCCAGCUUACAGAUGCCAUCUUUCAUGACUGGUACAGGCCUGGUGCAGCAAGCUCCUAGCCCAGUUCUGGUGCCACAAUCUCCUAGUCCGGUUCCAGUGCCACAAGUUCCUAGUCAGGCUCCGGUGCCACAAGCUCCUGGUCGGAUUCCUGUGCCACAAGCUCCUGGUCGGAUUCCGGUGAUUCUUCCUCGAGGCAUGCAUAGCCCUGGUCAGAUGUAUUCCAAUUUUAGACCCGGUGGGCCAUCUCAAGUUUAUGGCCGUGGUGAUUACCAAUCUCUAAAGAGAAAAGCAAAUGAAUCCGCUAGAGUACUUUCCUGGGGUCAGAAGAAGAGGUUUAUUCCUGUUCCCCCCCACUCUGUGAUGGGCAUACCAAUUGAUCCAUCCACUCCUGCUCACAUAAAAUGGACAGGUUCUGACAAUCCUUCUCGGUCUGAACCUAGUGGAUACAAGUGCCUAUUAUGCAAGAGGGAUCUCUCUUUUGCACCAGAAGGCCUGGACUCCCAGUCUGUGAACCCACUUGCUGUGGCAGUUCUUCCCUGCGGCCACACGUUUCAUGAGCAUUGUUUAGAAAUUAUCACCCCAGAUGAUCAAGCACGUGAUCCUCCAUGUAUCCCUUGUGCAAUUGGUGAGAAAUAG